AUGCUGUCUAAUGAAGCUAGAUCCUGGAACACCCAGCAACAGAUUCUCUCCCUCUUUGCUGGUGAUUACAGCAAGACAGAACUGUUGCAGCUUGUGCCAGGACUGACAAAGUUUAGGAUUGAUGAGGCCAGAAAACAUGCUUUUCAGACCAAGCCUGGAGAGCCUAUAGAGCCGCCAACCAUUACCAGAACCAGGCUGGAUCCCAUUAAAGUCGACCAUUUCCUAGAUUUUGUAUCCAGUCCUUCAUUUCUUCAAGACGUUGCAUAUGGAACGAAAACUCUAAAGCUGUCAAGCGGAGAGAAAAUUGACAUACCAAACGUGGUGAGAACAGUCAUUUCAUCCCAUCUCAUCCAGCUGUAUCAAGCCUAUUGUACCGAAUCCAGCUUCACACCCCUUGGAAGAUCAACACUUUAUAUCCUUAAGGUAUAGAUGGAUAUAAGGCCAUGUGUUAGACAACAAUUUUGGUUUUAAUACACGCAAGUUAUUCCGUACUGUCUGAAGCUCAGUGUGUGAGAAACUGUGUGUGUAUGUGUGAGUGGAGAAGGCCAGCAUAAGCUGCAGAUUUUGCUGAAUAUGACAAAAGGAUUUUUACCCUUUUAUUUAAGCAGUACAUAAUUGACUACAAUAUAGUUUUAUACUUCAGGUUGCACUGCUUCUCAGAAGAAGUCCUUGGCAGGUUUGGACAGCAUGCAAACGGAUGGUGUAACUGCAAGUAGUAACUAG